AACAUUAGGACAUAGCCUGCAAUCUAGAGUCCCGUUUUACGAUCGGAGCGAAACGUUACGCUUCAACAUAUAAAAUUCAAAACAUCACCAAACGACAUUCUUUUCAUACAGACCCUGUGAUCAACGUCGACAUGGCACUACCAAGGAUCGUUCUCCGUGCAAACAAAUUAAUCAACCAAACGGUUUUCUCUCAAAUAGCGAACGUAAACAAAUGUGAAACAUUAAGGUUAAUCAGCACCGCACGACUGCUAUGUGCAGAACGGCGUUACACCGACAAGCAUGAAUGGAUUGAAGUGGAUGGAAAUGUUGGAAUCGUGGGCAUUUCACAAUACGCACAGGAAGCUUUAGGCGACGUUGUGUACGCGCAGCUACCAGAGGCCGCUACUGAACUCAACCGAGGAGAUGAAUGUGGAGCGUUGGAAAGUGUGAAAGCCGCCAGUGAAAUUUACAGCCCGGUAUCCGGCAAAGUCAUGGCCAAAAAUAAAGACGUUGAAGACACACCGGCGCUAAUCAACAAUUCAUGCUAUGAAAAAGGAUGGCUGUACAAAAUAGAACUAAAAGAUGCUGCCGAGGUGAAAAAUUUGAUGACCGAGGAGAAGUACAAGGAAUUUUUGAAAACCGCUGAUCAUUAAUGUGUGUGCCAUCGUAUAGUGUAGAAUGAUAAAAACAUUAAUAUAUAAGGUUUAUAAAUUCAAA